AUGUUAGGGAAACUUAGUGCUAUAAAUAAAAUUAAGUAUAAAAAGCAGAAGGCAAACAGUAAUACUAUUAUGAAUUUAAGAAGUAAGACACCCUCAUUAGUAAUUAAUUAGCCUAUUUUGAGUCAGUCUAACAAAUACCAAAGCAUAUAGUUAGUAAGAAAUAGCGUUAAUAACAAAGCAGGAGUAUUAAAUCAAAAUAAAUACUUUAAUACUAACAAACAGACAAAUGUUAACAAUUAAUAGAAUCAAAGUUCAAACUAUGAAAAUAACAUUAGUAUUAAUGAAGGUAGUAGAGAGCACAACUAAAGCAAAUAAAAUGUUAGAGGAAAUAAAGAAAAUAUCAAUGCGGAGGACAAUAGCAUUAUUGAGUAUGGAAAACUAACUCUUAGCGAUCAUAAUUACAAAGAUAACACAGAGCAUAAAAACAAAGAGGUAAACGAGAGUAUGACAUUUAACAAGCUAAAUGAAGUCAUUUAAGUUUAUAAUACUCAGAGCACAAUUGAACCCUUAUUUUCCAAAGACUUACCAAUGACUGUUCAAGAUCUUAACAGUUCUAAAGAGAGUAAUAGGCAUGAUGCCUCUAACUAAAAUAAAUUUAUUAAAGUAAACAAUAACCAAAACUAAGGUGUGCCUUAAAUCAAACUAAAGGCUAAUCAAAAUGACCUGUAUUCUCUGAACAAUAUUGUUUAGCAGUAUAAAAGUAAUCUUUAAAACUACACCAAUAUAGCUAUAACAGAGGGUGUGAGGUAUACAUAGACUAGAGGGUAGAGGCAUUGA